GAUAUUAAUUUUAGGAAGUAUUCAGUUAGUCGUUACCGACUAACGUGCAUUUUAGUGAUUACAAAGAUGGCAACUAGUCACCUGACUUUAGUCCUUUUCUGUGCAUUGUUAUGUAACUAUUACAGUGUUUUUGCUCAAAGCGAAUCUGAUACUUGUGGAGUAAUUCCAACUUCUUGUCCAUGCUCAUCGUACCGUUCAUAUGAUGGAUCAUGUAAUAAUUUGCAAAAUCCUAGUUGGGGUUCUGCUAACACGACUUAUGGCCGAUUAAUUGCUGCUAACUAUAGUGAUGGACAUAGUUCACCAAGGGCGGCACAAAGUGGAAAUCCUUUACCCAGUGCGAGGCUAUUAUCCACUGCAUUUUACCCUAAUCUGUCCCUAUUAGACAUCUCAUAUACUGUCAGCGCAAUGCAAUUCGGUCAGGUUAUCGCCCAUGACAUGAGUUCUCUAGUUAAUAUCCCGGGAGGCCUGUGCUGUACUGAAGAUUUUAAAAUGCUCGCUAAUCCACCAGACUCUUGUUUUCCAAUUCCAGUACCAGCGAAUGAUCCCGUCUAUUCACAGUAUGGAUACACUUGUCUGCCUCUAAGUAGAUCCGCUACAGACGAAGAUUUUAAUUGCCUUGGAAAUAGGUCAAGAGUUGAACAGAUUACCUCUGUAUCAGCAUUCCUUGAUUUAAACAUUGUUUAUGGUAAUAGUGUUAGUGAAAAUGCAAAUCUACGAUCAUUUGUCAAUGGCAGGCUAAUAAUGAAUAAUGUAAACAACCAAGAUAUGCUUCCAACACAUCCUAAUCCCACAUGUUCCACCGUUGGUGGAUCAAAUUUACCAUGCUAUAUGUCAGGUGAUCCUAGAGUAAAUCAGAAUCCCGACCUCACUAUUCUUCAAACUCUCUUGGCAAGAGAGCACAAUAGAAUUGCAGAUACUUUGGCUGCAUUACAUCCUGAAUGGGAAGAUGAAUGCAUUUUUCAGGAAGCCAGAAAAAUUAAUAUUGCUCAAUAUCAAUACAUUGCUUAUUACGAAUGGUUACCGAUAUUUAUUGGCUCAUUAAAUAGUUUAACAAACAAGAUUACCUAUUCGACUCUUGGAUUUGUUGAAGACUAUAAUCCGUUGGUAAAUCCUGUAAUAUAUAAUGAGCACGCUACGGGUGCCAGUAGAUAUUUUCAUACUUUAAUUCAAGCAAGGAUUCAGUUAAUGAAUGAGAAUAGAUUAAUAGAAAGUUCUACCAGGCUUAGUGACAAUAUCAACUCUCCUCGUAUAUUAGAGUCAUCAUCAAAUAAUUUUGAUAGUCUUACCAGAGGAAUGUGUACUCAAGCAAUGGAAGGCGCCGAUGUUUACCAUACAUCAGAGAUCACCAGUAAUUGGAUCAGAACUCCAGAAACUGGGGUAAUUGGUAGAGAUUUAAAGGCCAUUGAUAUUCAGCGAAGCAGAGAUCACGGAAUUGCCUCCUACAAUGAUUAUAGAGUAUUAUGCGGAUUGUCUAGAGCGCACAGUUUUCUUGCCUUCCUAGAUUCUAUUUCCUUACCUAAUAUUUUGAGACUACAACAACUUUACGAAACUCCAGACGAUGUUGAGUUAGCUGUGGCAGCAUCGUUAGAAAAUCCAGUGUUAGGAACUUUAGCUGGAAAGAGUAAUUUAUGUAUUUUGAUUAGGCAAUUUUAUAUAAGCAGAGUUUCUGACCGAUUUUGGUUUGAGCGUUCUGGAGAUACUGGAUUUAAUCUGGGUCAACUUCAACAAAUUAGAAAAGCCUCGAUCUCUAAGAUAAUAUGUGAUAAUUCUAAAAGCAUCGAGCGUAUGCAGAUAAACGGAUUUAAAACAGUGUCGUUUUUUAAUCCACUUCUUUCUUGCGACUAUUUGCCAUCAAUUGAUCUGUCUCUCUGGAAAGAUGCCACAUGUAAAAAGUGUCAAGACACAACGUCUACCAUUACUACAAAAACGACGACAUCAGUAACUACACCAACCACUACUGCCUCAAUUGCUUCUUCCACAACAUCAGCGACUACACCAAGUACCACUCCUUCUACUACCUCCUCGACAUCCUCAAUAACUACACCAACUACUAAUCCCUCGACUACUUCUUCCACAACAUCAGCGACUACACCAAGUACUGCAUCUUCUUCUAGUUCUAGUAUGGAAGAAACUGAUGGGCCAUGCGACGCAUAUGAAACAGUAUAUUAUUGAAUAGACUUACUGCUUUGUAAAUUAAAUUAAUUUUAUUGAUAUUAUAAAGGUUGCAUAUUAA